AAAAUUCCGUAAAAAAUUCAAUUAAACAAAAAAAAAUAUAUGUAUUAUUUAUUAUAAAUGUUUUGAAAACUUUUCGAAGAAAAAACAACAAAUAAAUUCCUUUACAGAAUUCAAAUCGAAAUGUGCUCUAAUAAAAUGUGAUUCCAAAAAAGUCUUGUUGGCACGAAUGUCUAAUGUGGUCUAGCUAACGCUACAAUAAGAAAACAUUUUGUGUGAAUAAUUUGAAUUCUUUAUUAGUUAAUGUGAAAAGUACAGUAUGACUGAAUUGAAUUCCUAUUCAAUUGAAAACAAUUUAAACACAGCCGAAAACCGAGCUGAAACCGCUCCAGCUUCAAAUAAUAAGACUGUUGAAGACUCUGGACAACUACCCGUGGUGGUGCACUACCCACGUUUGGAUUCGAAAAUUAUUUUGCAAAAUAUGGAAGAAGUUUUGGAUACGGUAAAGAAACAACACAAAGAGAAACAUAGACGCAAAAAGGAAUUAAAAAAAUUGGCCAUGAUUGAAGCUGCCAAUGGCACAGAAAUUGUUGCUGCUACAGAGGAGGAGUCAAAGGAAAAGAAAAAAGAACACUCUGAAAAGAAACAUAAACACAAAGAUAAGGAGAAACGCCAUUCAAAAAAGAAGCCGCUGCAAGAGAAAUCUACCGUGGAAAAUGGCAAAAUAUUACAAGAGAGUCCCGUUAAAUCUGGCACAAUUUUACAGCAUUUUCCACGAACACCUAAAAAAGAUGAACAACAACCAUCCAACCCAGACGACGAAGUCGAAGUAAUCGUAAAAGAUGAGAAUGAAUGUGAAAAUACUGAAAAAGUGUCAACUCCUCCCAAAAACUCCAAAGUCACUAAUGCUUUUGAGGUCAUGAUGAAUGCACGCAACAAAUCCAUUGGUUCUAAUACACCAGGCAAAGAUUCACCUUCGCCGGUUAAAGACAGGGAAUUGGGAGCAACAAAUGCAAAACGCAAACUGAAAUUACAGGAGUGGGCGGAACAAAAAGGUGGCGCCAAACGUAAACUAGAGGAAGAGGCUCGCGCGGCCUAUGUCGAUGAACAGUUGGAGCAAAGAGCUAAAAAAUUUAAACAAAUGCUGGUGUCUGGAGCCAGCCCAAAGACUUCUUCUACUGCAGCUGCAAAAACAGAGACCAAAACAAAAAUUAAUAAAAAUAAACUCAAGGAAAACACUCAAAAGGAUAAACCUAAAAAACGUAGAGGCCCCAGAGCUCGACGUUUAAGUUCUGUUGACUCUGUAGAUUCAUUGGAACCAUUGACGCCUACAAAAGUCGAUAACGAAACAUCUGAAUUUUUAGCAAAACUAAAUUCUCCCACAAAAAAACGAGACAGUCUUUUGGGCUAUUUUCCCUUAAAAGAAUCACCCAAAGAAUUAGCGACUAAACAAGUCUCAGAAGAGAUCACUAAACAUGACGUGGAAACACCAAAAAGAGGUGGUAAGAAGGUGUCCACUAACCAUAGCACUCCCACUGUAAUUAGUCAACAAAUGCAGGAAGAUAUAGCAUGUGAUAUUGGUACGCCCAGUGGUAGGCCAAGACGUUCUUGUGCAGGCAAAACGCGAUAUGACUAUGAUUUAGAAACUAGUCCUACAAAAGCUGCCAAAUUAGCAAAAAAUACUCCUGUGCGUAAAGCGGCAACUCGUAGAGUUAAUACACCGAGCUUAAAGGUGCCUCAAGAAGAGAACUCUGUUGACAUUAUUAUUCUAGACGAUAGUACAAAUAUGAGUGGUUGUGGUACGACUACACCACAAGGAACACCUAAAAAAUUAGCACCGCUUUUUAUGCGUUCACUGCCAAAACCCUGUCAAGAUCCGGAAACUCUUAAAGCACGUAAAGCCUUCCUGCAAUCAGGAGUUCCCGAAAAAUUACGCCUCGAACAGGAAAAACAGAAACAAUAUGAACAAAAUUUCGAGGAAACAACGGAAAUUUUCCCAAAAAUUUCCCAUGUAAAGCAAUUAAAUGAAAAUGAAUUAGUUCUAGAUACACAACUGGCAAAGUGUUCAUUUACAUUGACUGCUGAAGAAAAUCUACAGAUGUCUCCAUCGCCGACCAGAAAGACUAAAGCAAAGCUGAAUAAGCGGCAAUCAAUUGUGGGCACUUUAUCCGACUGUAUGCCACAGGAUUUUCAGUUACAAAAACACAAAAGCCCACAACAGUUCAGCUUGGAUCAAAUUUCAUUGCCUUCUCUGGCGAAUAAAAGAGCAAUUGUAAAAAAUUGGAAAACAGAAUUUGAACGGUUUCCCACUUAUAAGUGUUACAAUCAAAUGCGCGAAAAAUAUCGUUAUUUCAGUGCUAUAGAUUCAGCCCAAGACACUGAACAAGUAAGCGAAUCUUUUGUGGUUACACGACAAACACGUCGUUCUUUGGAAGCUCACAAGAAAAAAGAGCCCGACAAUCCAGAUGAAGAAUAUAAACCUCCGCCAACUGCACCCAAUGGUGAAUUGCUGUUCAGUGAGAAAUAUAAGCCUUUAUUGUUCGAACAAGUCUUGGUCAAUUUAAAUCCAGUAACACAGCUGAAAGAGUUUCUAGCUAACUGGUCAAAUGGUGGUACAGGAAGUGCAAGAAAUUCCCAAACUCUGGAUGAAUCAAUGGAUUUAAAUGAUCCGACUUGCAGUAAUCAGGGACCUUCUUGCAAUACUGUCGUACUUUUGGGUCCCGUUUCAAGUGGCAAGACAAAUGCCGUUUUUGCAUUGGCCAAUGAAAUGAACUUUAAUGUGUUGGAGAUUAAUGCAGGCAUGAAAAGAACGGGUAAGCGCUUGAUACAAGAACUGCAAGAGGCAACUCAAUCCCAUCAAAUACGUAAGGAUGCUGCUGGUACAGGUUCUUCACAAAAAAGUCUAUUGAAAAUGUCGUUGAAUGGCCUGAAAACAAAACUUAAAAGGCAAAACUCCAACUCCAAUCAAUUGGAAGCACAAAACAGCGAUUCAAACUCUUCGGAUCUACAGCAAUCAGCUAGAAAAUGUUUAAUAUUAAUAGAGGAUGCAGAUAUUGUAUUUGAACAAACCGACGCUGGUUUUACCGAUGCUAUCUAUACGUUGGCAGCUAGCUCCAAGCGACCUGUUAUAAUUGUAGCUUCAAAUCCCAACUGCGCUCAUUUGCAACGUUUAAUGUCUCAAAAUACCAUAAACUUUUACUCUCCUAAUGUAUUAAACAUAUCAAAAUUUUUAGCUGUUUUGUCGCUCAUAGAAAAUUGUCCGGUCCAACUAGAUGAUCUCAUUUCUCUGUAUUUGUAUAAUCGUAGGGAUUUAAGAAAAACUUUAUUGGAAUUGCAGUUCUUUAUACAAAGUGGUGGCGACAGACAAAGGCAAUUGCUGCAGGAAAAAGGCUCAAAAUCAAAUGAAAAGGUAAAUCCUAAUUAUUUUGCUUCGCCACGCAAGCGUCAAUUCUCGGUAGAACAACAAGCCACUGAAACACCGGACAGCAAUGUACCCAGCGAUAAAACAAAUACCAUUGCCAAAGCAAUUGAUCAAGUUUACAUGCAUCGUUCGUUAUUCGAAUACUACACUGUGGGACAAAAUUCGAAAUGUCGCCUACCAUUUCCCCUAGAUUUCCAUCUCGUUAAUGUCAAUCUAAAUGAAAUAUUUCAAGUUUCCCGUAAACUUAAAGAGGAUAUAACACAAAAAACCUGCGAAGCCCUUACUAAACCUGCAGCAACAACGAAACGUAAAUCGAAAUCACCGAAAAAACAAUGGUUAACCGCAGCCACGGCAAAAGCCAAAACUCCCUUGGAUAAUUUGUGCGCGUUUUAUGAAAACCUUUCAGUGGCAGCCCUCAUGGAUGAACAAGACAAUAUGUUUCACUAUCAAAAUCAAUUCAAACAAAAACCCUCAAUUGUCGAUCGCCUUAAGCCAAAUAUUUCUGAGAGUAUUUCACAUUGUCUGUUGGAAAAAGCCAUUGAAGUUAAUUUGGAUGCUGAGUUUUGUCCCUACAAUCUGUUUGAUACACCCAAAAAUAGUAUAUCAUUAUGUGAGGAAUUGGGCUCAAUGCAAUUGCGCUCCAAUCGUGCCCGUAACUUGGACUACGAACCUUCUCUACGCUAUAUAUGCCGUAGUGAGAAAUUACGCUCAACAUUGGAACGACGCUCGACACGUUUCUAUCAUUAUCUAAGAAAUUAUUCCAUCAAUGUGUGCAAUUUUUCCACUGCCCAUUUCGAUCAGGCCUGUGAAGUAUUUCGUAUAACAGAUACCGAAGAAAACCAAACAACUAAUUCUAUAUUAGAAAUAACCAAACCUGCAUAGUCAAUAAUUUCCACAACAAAAAUAUAGUUUCUUCGUACACUUUCAACACUUAAAACUCAACAAGAAAGUAAGUUUAUUUAAUGUAUAGUUUAUACUUUUAAUUGCAAAAUAAAGCCAAUAUUAAUUUUUAUUUAAUCUAUUCGUGUAUAUACAAUAAAUACAUACAUACAUAUACAUACUUUAAAUAUAUAAAACAAAAUUAGCAUAAUAAAUGUUCUACGAG